AUGCCAGUCCGACCGAACGCCCGUGUCCUCCGCGACAUGGCCACGCGACAAGCCGUCCAGUCCAACGAACUCGUCCGUCGCGCCUUCAAAUACAUCGCUCGCAACACCACAUUACCACAGCGAGUCCGUCACCAAGCGCAACUUCAGCUCAAUCAGUUCCCCAACAAGACAAGACCAGUCAGCGUCUCCAACCGAUGCACCGAGACGGGGCGCGGAAGGGCGGUCAUCUCCGAGUUCGGGUUGUGCAGGUACCAGUUCAGGUUGAAGGCGCUAGCGAACGAGCUGCCAGGCGUCAAGAAGGCCUCCUGGUAG